AUGGCCCCCCUCGCAAAAGCAAAGCUGGAGAAGGAGGACCACAAGCGCGAUGCCGACUUCAUGAAGGCCCUCCACGGCAAGUCCACCGAAGCCGCCGGUGGCUUCGCCGCUAUGCUUUCCAAGGACCGGGAUGCGAAGAAGCUCGCUGUGGACGAGUACUUCAAGCACUUUGACAACAAGCGCGCGGAGACUGAGACUGAUGCCGACAGAGAGGCGCGGACGAAGGAGUAUGCUACUCUCACAAGGCAUUACUACAACCUCGCGACCGACCUGUACGAGUAUGGCUGGGGCCAGAGCUUCCACUUCUGCCGCUACUCGAUCGGCGAGUCCUUCUACCAAGCCAUUGCCCGUCACGAACACUACCUUGCGAUGAAGGUUGGCAUCACUGCCAACAUGAAGGUGCUUGACGUUGGCUGCGGUAUCGGUGGGCCAGCGCGCGAGAUCGCCAAGUUCACCGACGCCCACAUCACCGGUCUCAACAACAACGACUACCAGAUUGAGCGUGCCACGAGGUAUGCGGCCCAAGAAGGGCUGUCUCACCAGCUCAAAUAUGUCAAGGGUGACUUCAUGCAAAUGUCGUUCCCUGACGAGUCGUUCGACGCCGUCUACGCUAUCGAGGCUACCGUCCACGCCCCCAAGCUGGAAGGUGUCUACAGCGAAAUUUACCGUGUGCUCAAGCCCGGCGGCACUUUCGGUGUGUAUGAGUGGCUGAUGACCGACAACUACGACAACAACAACGUUGAGCACCGCGACAUCCGCCUUGCGAUCGAGGAAGGGAACGGUAUCUCCAACAUGGUGCGCAUCUCCGAGGGCCUCGCCGCGAUCAAGGCGGCCGGCUUCGAGCUGCUGCACCACGAGGAUCUCGCCAAGCGCGACGACCCCAUCCCCUGGUACUGGGGUAUUGCCGGCGAGACCAAGUACAUGCAGUCGUACUGGGAUUUGUUCACCGUCCUCCGCAUGACCCACACCGGCCGCCGCGCCGUGCACGUCUUCACCGGUCUGCUCGAGACCAUCGGCCUCGCGCCCAAGGGCACCAAGAAGACGGCUGACUCGCUCGCCAAGGGUGCCGACGGCCUCGUCGCUGGUGCCAAGCAGGACCUUUUCACCCCAAUGUACCUGAUGGUUGGGCGCAAGCCUGCCAACUAA